UCUCCAGCGUAGUUGCCAGCACCGGUACGAUCUCCUCUCUGCCACCACCACCGGCUACCGCCAGCAGCGGCACGACCACCGCCGCCACCACCGUCACCUCUCCGCCUCCACCUCCACCUCCACCUCCAUCGGUGCUAUCUUCCACCGUAGCCUCCACCGACGCUCUCGUGGGAGAAAGAGAGAAAGAGUGGAUAGGAGAGGAGAGGAGAGGAGAGGAGAGGAGAGCGCGUGCGGAACGUAGAACGACGGUAGCCUUUCUCAGACGAGUUCUCGUCGGCGUAGCGCUGAGGUGGCACGGAAAACUCUCCGUCGACUGGUCCGCGAUCCUCGUGGUCGGGUGUGAGGCGCGCGUGCGACCGAGACCGAGAGCGACAGGGAGCAGGCGCGACGAGACGAGCUUAGAGGCGCGGCGAGGCAAGGCGAGGCGAGGCGAGGCGAACGGACAGAGAUACACGACUACGUACAACGUCGAGCUACGGGCGGAAAACAUCAAGGAACGACGGACGAACGUACGGACGGAACCAAGAGAAAAGGCGGAGAAGUCGCGAAAAGCUCGCAGAGUGUACAUACGUGUGUCAGUGCGUACCCGAACAGUGCGUUCAGAUGAUAGGUGUCUCCCGGUGGAGGCGCUUCAGUCGGCCGGUCGCGAUCCAUUUGAUCGAGAUUUUCCGCGCCGUUGCGACGAGGAGACGCGUGCCGCGGUUACCGUCCCCGUGCACAAAGGCGUUGUCGUUGCCGUUGUCGACGGCCCGGUCGUCUCGUUCGCCUGUCCGCGACUGCUCGUCGAACGAACGGUCAUCGAUGGCUCGUGCGCCGCGGCUGCCACGGUGCUGUUCGGCCUGGCUCUCGCCUCUCGUUUUCUCGUUUGUCGUGGUUCCGCUCGCUCCUGUCGCCGACCGACACCGUCAGUGAUCGGGAGUGAACGAUGCUACAGAGUGACGGAACGCACCGCGUCAGUUAACGGUUCCUGUACGUCUUCCUGCUGGCUCCGGCACACUCCACUUCCACCCCUGUAUCGGCAUCUUUUCCGUUUCUCCGUUUCUGCUGGACCCCGUACUCAGGUUCAAAGGGGAUGCGCGAUUAGGAGAACGUGUAGCGCGAUAUGAACGUAUGAAAGGAGAGCGAGGGAAGUGUUGAAUGCGUGCGUGAAAGAAAGAGAUAGAGCGUGUGAGAGCGAGCCGAAGGGGGAGGGGGAUAGUGCGAGGAAGAAACGAAAAGUGAAAAAGCAAACGUUACCGUCCCGAACAGGGACCGAAAGCAAAGAGCGAAACCGAGACGAAACGGAGAAGGAUAGGGGUAGGGGUGGAACGAAGAGCAGGUUGAGCGACGAAAAGAGAUUUCCAGAGGGGCGGGUUUCGAAAGAAGCGAGAGAGAGAGAGAGAGAGAGAGAGAGAGAGAGAGAGAGAGAGAGAGCAGCCAUUUUGAUAGGUGGCUGUGUGUUGAGCGCUGCUGCCGCGCUACUGACUGUGCUGCUGGUGCUGCCUCUUGGCGUCGCUGAUCGUCGGUGUUCGCCGCCGCGUCACAGUGAUCGUUUUUGGUAGUGCUCGUGCUGGUUUACUCGUGGUGGAUCGGUCUCUCGUGUCGGUGUCCGUUGGUGUUGUUGGUGCGACAGAGCGAACCACUGGACAGAGAAUGGAGAGUAAAGAGGAGAUGUAGGGUGGUAGAGCAGGAGAAGAAAAAAGACAAGGGGUGCCGAUAACUCGGACCCACGGCACACGGGGUUGGGCGUUCGUAGGGUGGCGGUGAGCGGGUGGAGAACGGAGGAAAGAGAAGAGGGUAGGAGAAGGAGGUGGAGAAGGAGAAGAAGAAGGAGGAGCAUAGAGGCAGGAGACGGAGGAGUGCCGCGUAGAGGAGUGGAGAGGAAGCAUCGUCGGGUGCGUGUUGUGCGGGGGUGCACCGCUCUCCGGGGGCAUGGGGCUCGGGAGGGGGAUCCGCCCCCUCUCGUAACCGCCGCGAAGCGCCAAGAUUUCCCGCACCGAGUUCAUCGAGAAAUGGGGGCUGACCCCUGUCCUCAAACCGAGGCAGGACCUACGCCCCCACCGGAAUGGUGCGGAGGAACACGGCGACACGAGACAACCGUGGACGCAUCUUUUAAUCCUGAUCUAGCGUAGUGGAGUUUAGACCGACAACGUUUAAUGUUAUCGCUGCCGAAACUCAGCAGCCAGGACGAGGAUGGGCCGAACCCCCACACCCAAUACACAGGCGUCACGCACUUCGAGCCCAUACCGCACGAUCAUGACUUUUGCGAGAGGGUCGUCAUCAACGUGAGCGGGUUACGGUUUGAGACGCAGCUACGUACGCUGAACCAAUUUCCGGACACGCUCCUUGGCGAUCCGUCACGGCGGCUCCGAUACUUCGAUCCGCUUCGCAACGAGUACUUCUUCGAUCGGAACCGGCCUUCCUUCGACGCGAUACUCUACUACUACCAAAGUGGCGGCAGGCUGCGUCGUCCGGUCAACGUUCCUCUCGAUGUCUUUUCCGAAGAGAUCAAGUUCUACGAGCUGGGCGAGUUGGCAACCAACAAAUUCAGGGAGGACGAAGGAUUCAUCAAGGAGGAAGAGAAGCCGCUGCCGGCGGACGAGUUCCAAAGGAAGAUCUGGCUGUUGUUCGAGUACCCGGAGAGCUCGCAGGGCGCCCGGGUGGUCGCCAUAAUAUCCGUGUUCGUGAUUCUCCUGUCGAUUGUGAUAUUCUGCCUGGAGACCCUGCCCGAGUUCAAACACUACAAGGUCUUCAACACGACGCUGAACGUCACGAAGAUCGAGGAGGACGAAGUGCCGGACAUUACGGACCCGUUCUUCCUAAUAGAGACUAUUUGUAUCAUCUGGUUCACGUUCGAGUUAUCGGUGCGCUUCCUCGCCUGUCCAAAUAAACUGAACUUCUUCCGUGACGUAAUGAACUUCAUCGACAUCAUCGCGAUCAUUCCUUACUUCAUCACGCUCGGCACCGUGAUGGCCGAGAAUGGGGAGGAUUUCGAUCUACCUAAGGCGCCGGUAAGCCCGCAGGACAAGAGCACGAACCAGGCCAUGUCCCUGGCGAUACUCAGGGUCAUCAGGCUCGUCAGGGUGUUUCGGAUAUUCAAGCUAUCCAGGCACAGUAAAGGCCUUCAGAUCCUCGGCCGUACGCUCAAGGCCUCCAUGAGGGAGCUCGGCUUGCUCAUCUUUUUCCUCUUCAUCGGUGUGGUGCUAUUCUCAUCGGCGGUAUACUUCGCGGAGGCCGGCUCCGAGAAUUCGUUCUUCAAGUCCAUUCCGGACGCGUUCUGGUGGGCCGUUGUCACGAUGACGACCGUGGGCUAUGGUGACAUGACGCCUGUGGGAGUCUGGGGGAAGAUCGUUGGCUCCUUGUGCGCGAUCGCCGGUGUCCUGACGAUCGCCCUGCCCGUUCCCGUCAUCGUCUCCAACUUCAACUACUUCUAUCACCGUGAGACUGACCAGGAAGAGAUGCAGUCGCAGAACUUCAAUCACGUGACCAGCUGCCCGUAUCUCCCUGGCACUUUAGGUCAACAUUUAAAGAAGAGCUCGAUGUCGGAAUCGUCGUCGGACAUAAUGGAGCUGGAAGAGGGCAUACUGCUCACUCAUCCGGAGAUUACGAAGAAGCCCAACUGCAACCCUCGCCAUAAUAACAAUAUUAAUCCAGCCUGUAUGAGCAUCGAGACUGACGUCUGACUACUAGUGAAGGAGACUGUGGCAACGUGGUGGCCAGUGCUGGAGCGGUUGUCGAAGAACAGCUGCAGCUCCCUGCGAUGCCUGACGUAGGCCUCCUUCACACGUCGUCGUAGUCGUGCUAGCUGCGAGUGCUAGCGAUAUAACGCGUGUACGCGUGCGCGCUGGCCGUUGGAUCGCGCACGCCUGUGCGAGCGCGCGCGCGCUCGCGCCCUCUGUCCAUAGUCUGUCAAUACGAGGGGUGCUUCCAAUCCAUUAUUACACGUCAACGAGAUUGAAAGAGACGGGAUCGUUGGCUCCACGUCGUUGACGAAAACGUGGAAACGAAAAAUGUUUGGGGAACGAUGGUGAAAGUUAUCGCGUAACGAUAAAUGUAAAAAAAAAAAAAAAAUAAGUAUAGCGAUAAGGGCAAAGGAGAGAGCAGAGGUAGAGGAGGAGAGAGAGAGGGAGAGAGAGAGAGAGA